GGCGGAGCGAGCUGUCUGAGCUAGUCCUCCGGCGGGAGGCGGAGGCGCGGUGGGAGUGAUCCCUGGGCCGGGCCGCAGUGGCCGGCGCGGCCUGCCCUUUGUGCCCGCUGCCUGCAUCCGCGAUCGGGACAGCCGCGCCGGGCUCCCGGCCGCGCGCCCGCCUGCGCACCACUCCCGCGCCUGGGAUGCGCCGGGAAUGCGCGCCCGCCAGCCCUACGGCUGCUCGCGGCUGGGCGCGAGGUGAUGGAUCUGGGCAUGAAGAAGUUCACGGUGCGCAGGUUCUUUUCCGUCUACCUGCGCAAGAAAUCGCGCUCCAAGAGCUCCAGCCUGAGCCGGCUCGAGGAAGAAGGCAUUGUGAAGGAAAUCGACAUUAGUCAUCAUGUAAAGGAGGGAUUUGAGAAGGCAGACCCCUCCCAGUUUGAGCUGUUGAAGGUUUUAGGACAAGGAUCCUAUGGAAAGGUGUUCCUGGUGAGGAAGGUCACAGGGUCUGACGCUGGACAGCUCUACGCCAUGAAGGUUCUUAAGAAAGCCACCCUGAAAGUCCGAGACCGAGUCAGAUCAAAGAUGGAGAGAGACAUCUUGGCCGAAGUAAAUCACCCUUUCAUUGUCAAGCUGCAUUAUGCCUUUCAGACGGAAGGAAAACUCUACCUGAUCCUGGACUUCCUGCGUGGUGGAGACCUCUUCACCAGGUUGUCCAAGGAGGUUAUGUUCACUGAGGAGGAUGUCAAGUUCUACCUGGCAGAACUGGCCCUGGCUCUGGACCACCUGCAUGGCCUGGGGAUCAUCUACAGGGAUCUGAAGCCUGAGAACAUCCUGCUGGACGAAGAGGGGCACAUCAAGAUCACAGAUUUCGGCCUGAGCAAGGAGGCUAUCGACCAUGACAAGAGAGCCUACUCGUUCUGCGGGACCAUAGAGUACAUGGCGCCUGAGGUGGUGAAUCGGCGUGGACACACACAGAGCGCUGACUGGUGGUCCUUUGGAGUGCUGAUGUUCGAGAUGCUCACUGGCUCCCUGCCGUUCCAGGGGAAGGACCGGAAGGAGACCAUGGCCCUCAUCCUGAAAGCCAAGCUGGGGAUGCCGCAGUUCCUCAGCAUGGAGGCCCAGAGCUUGCUGAGAGCCCUCUUCAAGAGGAACCCCUGCAACCGACUGGGUGCUGGCAUUGAUGGAGUGGAAGAAAUUAAGCGUCACCCUUUCUUUGUUACUAUCGAUUGGAAUAAGCUAUACCGGAAGGAGAUCAAGCCUCCCUUCAAGCCCGCAGUGGGCAGGCCAGAGGACACUUUCCACUUUGAUCCAGAGUUCACCGCACGGACACCCACAGACUCUCCUGGUGUUCCCCCAAGUGCCAACGCACAUCAUCUGUUCAGAGGAUUCAGUUUUGUGGCCUCCAGCCUGGUCCAGGAACCCUUGCAGCAAGACUUGAACAAGGCUCCUGUUCACCCGAUUGUGCAGCAGCUACACGGGAACAAUAUCCACUUCACUGAUGGCUAUGAGAUCAAGGAGGACAUUGGGGUGGGCUCCUACUCGGUAUGCAAGCGAUGUGUGCACAAAGCCACCGAUGCUGAGUAUGCUGUGAAGAUCAUCGAUAAGAGUAAAAGAGAUCCCUCAGAAGAGAUCGAGAUCCUCCUGCGGUACGGCCAGCACCCCAACAUCAUCACCCUCAAAGAUGUGUAUGACGACGGCAAGUACGUGUACCUGGUGAUGGAGCUGAUGCGUGGCGGGGAGCUUCUGGACCGCAUCCUCCGGCAGCGGUGCUUCUCAGAGCGCGAGGCCAGCGAUGUGCUGUGCACCAUCACCAAGACCAUGGACUAUCUGCAUUCCCAGGGGGUUGUACACCGGGACCUGAAACCCAGUAACAUUCUGUACAUGGAUGAGUCUGGAAACCCUGAAUCCAUCCGCAUCUGUGACUUUGGCUUCGCCAAACAGCUGCGUGCUGAGAACGGGCUGCUGAUGACCCCCUGCUAUACAGCCAACUUUGUGGCCCCUGAGGUCCUGAAGCGACAAGGCUAUGACGCGGCAUGUGACGUCUGGAGCUUGGGAAUCCUGUUGUACACCAUGCUGGCAGGGUUUACUCCUUUUGCCAAUGGCCCCGAUGACACUCCUGAGGAGAUCUUGGCAAGGAUUGGCAGCGGGAAGUACGCCCUCUCUGGGGGGAACUGGGACUCCAUAUCCGAUGCUGCAAAAGACGUUGUGUCCAAGAUGCUGCAUGUGGACCCGCAGCAGCGCCUGACAGCUGUGCAAGUGCUGAAGCACCCAUGGAUUGUCAACAGAGAACUUCUGUCCCAGAGCCAGCUGAGCAGACAAGACGUCCACCUAGUGAAGGGUGCAAUGGCAGCCACCUACUUUGCUCUAAACAGGACACCACAGGCCCCACGGCUGGAGCCUGUGCUGUCAUCCAGCCUGGCCCAGCGCAGAGGCAUGAAAAGACUCACGUCUACAAGGUUGUAGCGGUCAGCAGCACCUGGACACCAGCCCCCGCUGUCCUGCCUGGUGCCCUCACAGGCUCCCAGGCAUUGGAUAUGGCCCCGCUCACAGGCACCAGAAGUGACCACAAGUCCAACCCAAAGGCAGAACUGGCCUUCACUGUCUCUGUGUUUCCUUCUUGGCCCCAAGAGGGUCCUGUGGUGAUCCUCAGAGUCUCGCUGUACUGGACUUGCCGCCUGUUCUCUCCCUCACUCCCAAGCAAACCAAAUGAAUGCCAUCACCUCGCACCACCCCAUGUGGAACCUGGGUCACUCCCAGGGUCCUGGUCUGUCCAUUUCAUGGUGUGUAGUUAUAAAGAGAGGUUCUUUCCAGCUCUGAAGCCAGUAAUGUGGUCAGAUGCCCAACACCGGUGUUCUUAUUACUACACGGAAAAGGAUGUCAGUGUUGGAGCCUGUCAGGUGACUGCAAAGCCCCUCUGAGGGGCUGAAGGCAUCUGGACCUCUCAGGGUCUUGGUGUCUUGAUAGCCACAUGACUGGAGUGGCAUAGGAGCAUCCAGGUUAGAGGCCUGGUCCUGCCCCAAAUCGUCCAAAGAACCAUUCUCUCUUGAGGUAGGCAUUGACUGCUCUCUCCUUCGCUGCUGAGCUGUGAGGGCCGAGGGCCCAUGCAGGAGGCUGUGGGCUGGGUCUGUACUUCACAGUUCCAUCUCACCAGGGUCUGGACAGAGCGCUGUGAAGGAAAGGAGUCGAGGGGAACCAGCACCACUCUGUCUAGGUUGUCCCUGCAAAGGCUCCCUGAUGUCUCCAGCUCACUGGUGACAGAGACAGCAGAACCUCUCUGGGUCUGCACAGGACUCAAGGCAAGUGUUUUGCUAUGUUCACUCCCUUCAUCACUCUGGUCUGCAGAGAAGCUAUGAAGGGCAGAACACGGAGCAUUGCCACCUCCCCCAUCCCUACCUCUGAGGUCUGGGGAAAGGAGGAGUCAUUAGUCCUAACACUCACUCAUGGAGGCAGGAAGGCCAGGAGCGCCACCAACAGCAGAGAUGCACUUUGUAGAAGCUGUGGUUUAUGUUGUGUUUUGUGUUUCUGUUGCACAGAUCUAUUUUUAAAUCAGCAUUUCCUUUACCCUGGUGUGGUGUGUGCACACAAAUGUGUUACUUGUGAAGGAGAAUGGGGUGAGAACCUUCCUGUGCGGGAGGCUCAGCCAAGUUCUCAAGGACGUGUGUGUUCCCCAGCCUUCCUCAGGAAUCCUGAGGAUGCCCCUGGCAGAGCUAAGCCAGGGGUCCCUGACCAAACGGAACAGGGAACACUAUCACCUGGGGCUCAUGGCCCCUGCUCCUGGUACCACUGAGGAAUCACCCCCUGCACACCCAGCAGUGACUGAGAGGUCCCCUUGGGCCACACCGAGAUUGCACUCAGAAGACCACGGAUGAUCCAUCAUUUUCCUUCCAUCUUGAUUUGCUCUGGAACCCAACACCACAACCCCCAAAAGCACUACAUUCUGGAAAAUAACUCAGCUUGGUUUGUUUUCAGACCUUAAAAUACAAACUUAUUUCAUAAGCUUUAAUUAUUCCGCGAGACGGUGUUUUAGAGCGAUCUACAGAAAACGAAGAAGUGAGGGACAGAUUAUGUCCCAGUCUUCAGAUGGCCUAUUGGGCACUGUUCAUAUUUUCUCAGUGGAAAGUGCUUUUUGCCAGGGCUAAAGUGAUUUUCCCAGUCACUUUAAGAUUUAGAUCUGAAUUGUUUCCACUCUUAUU